CUUAACAAACACCCACGAGUCAGGAGCUCUAUGGAGAGGUACUCAUUACAGAAAGUCAUCGGUGAGGGGUCUUUCGGUCGGGCUUUGUUAGUCCGGUGUAAAGGCAAACAGGAAAAGUAUGUCAUCAAGGAAGUCCAGCUGCCAAAGAAUCACUCCAAAUUGGAGAAUUCGAGGAGAGAAGCCAUCCUGCUGUCCAGAAUGAAACAUCCUAACAUUGUUGCCUUCAGGGAGGCAUUCGAAGCUGAUGACCUCCUGUGUAUUGUCAUGGAGUACUGCAGUGGAGGAGACCUGCUCCAGAGGAUACAGCAACAGAAAACUACGCAGUUCUCUGUUGAUGAUAUCUUGAGGUGGUUUGCUCAAAUGUGUGCUGCCGCACUGCAUAUCCAUGAUAGACGGGUUUUACACAGAGAUCUGAAGUCAAAGAACAUUUUCCUGACAGAUAAUGGGACAAUCAAGCUCGGGGACUUUGGCUCAGCGUGUAUUCUGAACAGCUCAAAAGCAUACGCUCAUACAUAUGUUGGGACACCAUAUUAUGUGGCUCCAGAAAUCUGGGACAACAAGCCAUACAACAACAAGAGUGAUGUGUGGUCUCUGGGCUGCGUUCUCUACGAGCUCUGCACUCUGCGACACCCGUUCCAGGCAUCCAGCUGGAGGAGCCUGAUCCUUAAGGUGUGUCGGGGUGCGUACCCUCCCCUCCCCAAUCGCCUGCCCUACGAGCUGCAGUAUUUGCUCAAGCAGAUGUUUAAGACCAACCCAAAAGACCGGCCGUCCCUGCACAGCAUCCUGAGCUCUCACCGCGUUUCCAGACUCCUGCGUACGCACCUGCCCUCCCAGGCGCUGGAGACGCAGGAACAGGGGAGGCGUACGGGUCGAUGGAAUAGAGAGGAGGGAAGGAAGGUGGCUAAUCUUCUGGGAGAGAAGAGUUUACUAAAAACGUCAACAUGUGAAGGAGUGGAGUUUCCUGAAGCCAACUGUGAAAGCAGAGAGCCAGGUCCUCGAAAGCAGUGGGCCGCUGAGCCAUCGGACACCGUGCGGCAGAUGUUGGCCAAUGCCAGCCUCGUCUCAUCUGACAGCAUGGCAUCAACCAACCAGGCCUUCACAGCUUCUACAAAUGGAGAGGAUCCAGAGGACAUCAGCCAGAGGAGACGGUGGGACAGGGAUCCUCCUGAGAGGCUACUGAGUCUGUUGGAGAAGGCCCGACUGAGCAGAGCCUUCAGCACCUUUUUAAUCAACACUGGAGUUGAAGACCCUCUAGUGGGACCCCUCUCCGAGCCACAGGGUGACGACAUUGACGGUGGUGAGCCUGAAGUGGUCGUAAACGAGGAGCGUCUGCAGCCGCGCUCUGAUGACGAGGACACAGACUUUGAGGAAGAAUCUCCUUGUGACUGGAUGGAUGAAGUUGAGAACAUGUUUUCAGAACACUAAAGCCUCAUUUCGUUCUGAGCCUACACAAUCAAAAGGUGUUUACAUUAACUAAAGACACAAAAGUCAUUUCACAUCAUGUAUAUAAGACCGACCAGGUUUUGAUCUAAUGAAUGAGGACCAACUUUAAUAGCAUCUUUCUAUCCAAGUUUACAAAACCCCAGUGAAGCUCAGACAGUAACGGUAUGACAGUAGUUUUUAUAUUACAUUUUAAGCUCUGCACUGAUCUGUGUGAACCGGAUCACACUGCUGCAACAAAACACUACAAUUUGAUUUGGAUAUUGUUCAACUUGCUGUCAUAAAACCUUUUUUUACAUAAAGAUAUGUGUGAUG